AUGAAAAUAAAUUCCACAGGUUCUGAAUAAAGGAAGAAUGAUUAAACCUUAAAAAAUACAAAAAUGGAAGGUCUUAAACUAAGUUAAAAGAAUUAAACAUUUAAAGCAGAUGAAGAAAUCUUUAAAAAGAAAGAAAAAAGAAAUCGUAAGUUUUUUUUAAAGAGAUCUAUUUCUUUGUUAUAGAUUUGUAAAUAAAGUGGAUAGAUAGAAUUUAAAAUAGGAUCAGAUUUCCUUCAUAUUGAGAUUAUGUAAGGAGGACAUUACCCUCUAAAUUAAUAUAAUUUAAAGGAUAUUCGUUCUGAGAUCUAUCUAAAUGAUUCAGAGUUUUAAUAAUCUAACAUAACUUAUAGUCUAAAUAAUGCUUCUUAAAGUAUUCUAAAGAGUUGUCGAAAUUCUUUAUCAGAAUAAAAUUGCAAAUCUUUAACAUAAAUUUAAUAAUAAUUAAAAGAAAUUAAUGCAUUCUGCUAAAAUAUUUAAAAGCAGAAUAAUAAAAUUUGUCAAGUUGAUCCUUAAUAACAGGAUUCCAUUUUGUUCAAGUAAAAUGACUAGAUUCUUUAAAAAAUUAAAGAAACACAAUAAAUUUUAUUGGUAUAGCAUUAAGCUAUAAAAAACAUUUUAUAAUGUUGA